AUGGAAGUGGUCCGUGUCGCGGAUCUGCAGCACGGCCAGCGCAUUCCGCGCGCGGAGCUGGCCAAGCGUUUGCGAGAGCGCCAAGGGCACGCGCAUGUUUCUGAAAUUGACCUCGUGCGCGACGUCCUGUACCUCUUGCAAGGAAUCAGCGGCGCGUACGUGUGCCUGCGUACAGAGUGGCAGCUCCCGCACGACGGCGACAGCCAGGAACAGCAUGCUCCGCAUCAUAUUUUGCGGCUUGAGUUUGAUGAGCGCGACGGGAUCAUUUCAGCGCCGACCAAAGACGUGAUCCAUCGGCUCGCCGAGCUCGGCCAGCUCUACGUGCGUGUCUCGCAGUUUGUCGAGGCACAUACCAAUGCUGCCGGCACGGAGCGCACGACCCAGAGUCUGUGCCACUUUAUCGCGAGCGAGCUCGACGCAUACUACGCGAUGGUCUCGGACAUCGAGACCGACUGGAACCAGCUCGCAGAGGCCGCAGAAGGCGGUGCGCCGCUUCCCACGCCGCGGCUCACGCUCCUGCGUCUUAUGCAGCAGACGCGCGAGCCACUAUUGCGCAUGCGCCUGAUGAGUGCCAUGGUCGAGCGGUGCAAGGACGCACGCGGCGGCGCGCUCGUGUCUGCCAUGCACACCUAUACACUCACCGGCGACCCCUUUAUCCGGCGCUUUACCAUGCGGCUCCUCGACCACGUCUCGCGCCCCUUUUUCCAUACCCUUUCGCGCUGGAUCUACGAUGGAGAGCUGGAGGACCCGUUUCAUGAGUUUUUUGUUGCGCUACAAAAGCCCGAUGCGGCGCGGCGAUUGCGCCGCGCGCCGCCGGAUGCAGAUCUCAUGGUGCUGGACGAGCCCGGGACAGACGCCGCCGACGUGUGGCACAGCAAGUUUUGCGUGCGCCUCGCGCUGUUGCCUGCGUUUUUGAGCGAGCAGUUUGCGCGCAAGAUCUUUAGCACGGGCCGCUCGCUCAACUUUAUUCGGUGCUCGUGCGGCGAGCAGGACUGGGCCGCAGUGCACACCUCUUUGCAAGGCAAAGAGGUGCUACGGUACUCGGAUAUGGCGGCGCUCGAGCACACCAUCGACACGGUGUACACCACCGCGAGCACGCGACUUGUGCACCUCUUCCUCACCCGGUUCCGCCUGCACGAGCACUUGCGCGCCUUGAAGUCGUACCUGAUGCUCACCAUGGGCGACUUUGCCGACGCGCUCAUGCAGGCACUUGCGCCGAGCCUCUCGCGCCCCGCGCAUACGCUCUACCAGCACAACCUCAGUGCCGCGCUUGAAACUGCGAUCCGCAGCUCAAACGCGCAGUACGACGACCAGGACAUUCUGCGCCGACUCGACGCGCGCUCGCUCGAGUUUGCCCCUGGGGAUCUCGGCUGGGAUACCUUUACGCUUGAGUACCGCGUCGAGUCGCCCGUGAGCGCAGUGCUCGAUGCGAGUGCCAUGGCGGGGUACCAAAUCCUGUUCAACUAUUUGUGGAAAAUCAAGCGCGUGGAGACGGUGAUGAAUGCGUCGUGGGUCGAGCUGGUUGCGAUGAUGAAUGCGUUUCUACGGAGCAGGCAGCGCCACGACGUGCCGCCUGCGCUCCUCAAACACACACGCACCGUGCUCGGGCACCUUGAGGAAAUGGCGCACUUUGUCCGCCAGCUGCAAGGGUUCUGCCAGCUGGAAGCCAUUGCCUACUCGUGGCAGUCGCUCGAGCAUGCGUUUGCGGACCAUUUUGACGGCGAUCUUGACCAGCUGAUCGAGCAGCACCGCACGUAUCUGCACACCCUCAUCAACAAGGCGCUUUUGCGCGGCGGGAGAAAGGGGCAAGCGGACCAUCUCGCGGGCGAAGUGCGUGCACAGCUCGAUACGGUUCUUGCGUACUGCGCUGCUGUCGAUGAGCUGGCGCGGUACAUGACCGCGGAGCUUGCACGCAUCGCGAGCGGCAUGGAUGCAAUGCCCGCGACGGAGCGGGCGUAUGCACACACAAGCACACGCCUUUCCACCAUCCACGCACACUUCCGCACACGCAUUCAGGCCAUGAUUGGAGUGCUGGAACGCCAUCCGAAUUUGUCUGUGCGCGACUUGGCGCGCCGCUGGAACUUUAAUCUAUUCUACCGCCGGCCCCAUGGCGAUGAGACGACACGUAGCUAG